AUGAUUGGGCGAUACAAUGCGAGCGAUGACCAGAACUCCAGCGUCAUCUCAUUAGUCAACGGCCGCAUCUUCACCCCUGGCCUCGCAAUCAUCGCCUCGCCUCAACCUAACACCCCCAUGGGCGGCGACUUCCUCCACAUCGCCCUCGACAUAUCCGGCGACGGCGCGCUGCCCUUCCCACCAAGCUCCAACCCGUCUGCAUCCACUCGGUUCCACAACGUCAAUCUUUUCCUAACCAGCACCACCAUCGACAAGAAUUUCACCAUUUCCAACGGAACAACGAGCACUCCACCACUUUCCAACAUCCUUGAACAAGAAACAGGCUCCACGGUCAAGCAUGUGAACUUUGAGUGGCCCCUGUGUCUCGUCGGCAACGGUAAAGAUGCAAAGGGCACAGCGCGCGGAGCUUACAACAUCUCCAUUCACCAGUCCUUCCGCCUGAAUGGGAGUGAUUUCUACACUAUUUUCAACCUGCCCAUUGAGGUCACGAACAACAUCGAGCAGUUCCCAGGAGCGCGGCAGUUGCUGACGUAUCCCAAGCCAGGCCCGCUAAGCGCAAAUGGUGGGAGGAUGGAGUGCGGGACGCUUGCGAAUAAGGUGAGGGCGGAGGAUGAGUUGAAGGGGAGUGUCGCAAACCCGGAGAGUCAGCCUUUUGGGGACUCUGGAAAGCUAGAUGUUGGAAACACAGGUAAUGGAGGUGGCCAAAGUACAGGUAAUGGAGGUGGUCAAAGUACAGGUAACGGAGGUGGCCAGAUUGGUGGGUCGAGUGGUGGUCCGAGUGGUGGAUCAAAUGAUGGACAGGGACAGAUCGGUUUGAGUGUAGGCUCUGCAGUAAGGGUUGGAGUGGUGUGGACGAUGUUGCUGGCUGCUCUGGUAGCUUGUUCACAAUCGUAG